GUCAUGACGCAACCGGACACUUUGGCUACAAAAAGACGAGUGCCAAUCUAGUACAGCGAUUUUGGUGGCCCGGAAUGCUAGAAGAUGCAAAAAAGUAUGUGGAGACCUGUCAGGUCUGUCAGCGGGACAAGCCGCGAACUCAAGCACUGCUUGGGUUGCUGAAGCCCUUACCUAUCCCGGCUGGUCCGGGACAGAGUGUUUCCAUGGACUUCAUGGACACCCUGGUGACCAGUAGGGGUGGCAAGAGGCACAUCUUUGUCAUCAUAGACCGAUUCACCAAGUACGCUAGACUAAUUGCCAUGCCAGAGACCGCAAGGACUGAACACGUCAUCAAGUUGUUUAUGGACAACUGGAUGCGUGAUUUUGGACUACCAAAGUCAAUCGUUAGUGACAGAGAUGUCCGCUUCACAACAGUUUUCACUGUCUUGAUGUAUGGUUCUCCGCUCGCCGUGAUGGGAACCGUGAUCAAGACUCUGAGUGUAGAGUUUAUGCCAUUCUCCCUGUCUCUUCUUGGCUUUGUUUGUAGCUCCACAUGGGCAGCGUAUGGCAUUUAUGUGCAGGACCUCUGGAUUAUUCUGCCCAAUCUCUUAGGAUCAUUGCUUGGGCUCAUGCAGCUUAUCCUGUAUGCAUACAUUGUCAGGCUCAAUAGGACAGGUGCUAUUCGGGCUUACGAAAUGGUGAAAGCGUGACAGGACCGACAAAAGAUGUCGGCUGUGCCGACCGUCACUCACCUGCGGCUGCGGUGAGAGGAGUGGACUUCCAAGAAAAGCUGGCUGCUGCAGUGAAGUCGACUUUGCUGGUCAUGUGGCCUCAGCGGCUGGAACCACAAGGCUCAAGCUGUACAGAAUCUUCAAUCUACAGAUUAUUCAGCUCGUUGAAAUUUUGAAAAUAACAAAAAAAAGCAGUUGCU